AUGGCUGGCUGCAGCCCUGAGGAAAAAACUUACCGGCGCUUCCUGGAGCUUUUCCUGGGUGAGUUUCGAGGACCGUGCGGCGGAGGCGAGCCGGAGCCGGAGCCGGAGCCCGAACUCGAACCGGACUCCGAGCCCGAGCCCGAACUGGUUGCAGCUGAGGCGGCCGAGGCUUUGGUCGAGGAACCCGGGGAGGAGGCGGCCCCGCUAGCCGCGACGGAGGAGGGGGAACAGGAGCAAGACCCGGAGCCGGAGGAGGAGGCGGUUGACGAAGAGGCGGUGGCGGCUGCAGAGGGCGAGGAGGAGGAAGAGGCGGCGGCCGCCCCGGGGCACUCGUCAGUGCCGCCGCCACCCCAGCUGCCGCCGCUGCCCCCGCUCCCGCGGCCGCUGUCGGAGCGCAUCACCCGCGAGGAGGUGGAGGGCGAGAGCCUGGAUCUGUGCCUGCAGCAGCUCUACAAAUAUAAUUGCCCUUCCUUUUUGGCUGCUGCUUUAGCCAGAGCUACAUCAGAUGAAGUCCUUCAGAGUGAUCUUUCUGCACAUUACAUCCCAAAGGAAACAGAUGGCACAGAAGGGACUGUAGAGAUUGAGACAGUGAAAUUGGCCCGUUCUGUCUUCAGCAAACUGCACGAGAUUUGCUGCAGCUGGGUGAAAGACUUCCCCCUCCGCAGGAGACCUCAGCUUUAUUAUGAGACAUCAAUCCAUGCCAUCAAAAACAUGCGCAGGAAAAUGGAGGACAAACAUGUCUGCAUUCCUGACUUUAAUAUGCUCUUCAACCUAGAGGACCAGGAAGAACAAGCUUACUUUGCAGUGUUUGAUGGCCACGGGGGAGUGGAUGCUGCCAUUUAUGCCUCCAUUCACCUACAUGUUAAUUUAGUACGCCAGGAGAUGUUCCCCCACGAUCCUGCCGAGGCCCUGUGCCGGGCCUUCCGAGUCACUGACGAGCGGUUUGUGCAGAAAGCAGCCAGGGAGAGCUUAAGAUGUGGGACCACAGGAGUGGUGACUUUUAUCAGAGGCAACAUGCUACAUGUGGCCUGGGUGGGUGAUUCCCAAGUUAUGCUUGUGAGAAAGGGCCAAGCUGUUGAACUAAUGAAGCCACACAAACCAGACAGAGAGGAUGAAAAACAGCGAAUCGAGGCCCUUGGAGGUUGUGUAGUCUGGUUUGGUGCCUGGAGGGUGAAUGGAAGUCUGUCGGUCUCCAGAGCUAUUGGAGAUGCUGAACAUAAGCCAUACAUCUGUGGGGAUGCAGACUCUGCCUCUACUGUUUUGGAUGGGACCGAAGACUACCUCAUUCUGGCCUGUGAUGGUUUCUAUGACACCGUGAACCCUGAUGAGGCAGUGAAAGUUGUGUCUGACCACUUGAAAGAGAAUAAUGGAGACAGCAGCAUGGUUGCCCACAAAUUAGUGGCAUCAGCUCGUGAUGCUGGGUCAAGUGAUAACAUCACUGUUAUUGUGGUAUUCCUGAGGGACAUGAACAAAGCUGUCAAUGUUAGUGAGGAAUCAGAUUGGACAGAGAACUCUUUUCAAGGAGGGCAAGAAGAUGGUGGGGAUGAUAAGGAAAAUCAUGGAGAGUGCAAACGCCCUUGGCCUCAGCACCAGUGCUCAGCACCAGCCGACCUAGGCCGUGAUGGGCGCGUGGAUUCGUUCACUGAUAGAACUAGCCUGAGCCCAGGGUCCCAAGUCAAUGUGCUGGAAGACCCAGGCUACCUAGAUCUCACACGAGUAGAAGCAAGCACACCUCACAGUGCCCAGGUUUUGCCAUCAGUUGAGAUGUUUGGUCCUGGUGCACCAAAGAAAGCAAAUCUUAUUAAUGAGGUAAUAAUGGAGGAAAAAUCAGUUCAAUCAUUGCCUGAAUGGAGUGGUGCUGGAGAGUUUCCUGCUUCUUUCAAUUUGGGUUCAACAGGGCAGCAGAUAUGCAGAAUGGAAAGCUUGUCUCCUGUCUAUUCUGGGUUGGAAAAUGAACGGUUCAAAUCCCUGGGAAACAGAGUUUCUAGAUUGUCUCAUUUACGCCACCACUACUCAAAGAGGUGGCACGAAUUCAGGUUUAAUCCAAAGUUUUAUUCAUUUUUCUCUGCUCAAGAGCAUUCGCACAAAGUAGGCACUAGCCUGUCCUCACUUAUUCUAAGUGGGAAGAGAAACAGGAUAUUAAGAAGUUCUCUGCUAUGGAGGCAAAAUAGUUGGGAAGGAUACAGUGAAAACAUGAUGAGGAAGCUCAGAAAGAAAAAUGAUAUUCCAUACCCAGAUCUUCCCUGGAGUUAUAAAAUAUAA